CCACCACCACACAUGCUUUUUAGCUCUCUGUUAACUAAAGGAGCAGAUCACCUCUGUUUUUCACAAUGAUCAAAGUCAACAAGCCCAAAAUACUGAGACCAGAAGACAGUCAGCCGGCAAAUGCAGUUUGGUUCGACAGAAAGAAAUAUGUCACCGUCAACUUCAGGGUUCAAAGGCCAAAAGAUGUUCAGGUUGACAUCCAGCCGGACAAAAUGAUUUUGUGCUGUAAAAACGACACUGAUGAUGUUUUCUACAACGAGCUGUACUUCUAUGAAACAAUCCAAAUCAAUGACUCCAGGGAACGAGUCUAUGAUCGAACUAUUAACCUCUUGCUGAGGAAGAGCAAACCAGAUUACGCAUGGCCUCGACUACAGAAGGAUCCUGCGAAGCCCAGUUGGAUCGCUGUAGAUUUUGACAACUGGAGGGACUGGGAGCAUGAGGAAGAUGAAGGCAAAGAAGAAUAUGACAGAUAUGUUGAUAUGAUUCAAGAAAUGGCCUCAAAUAAAGGAGCUGCACCUGAUAUGGGUGACCUGAGUGAUUUUGUCACCACCGUAGUUUCCUGCUGUCCAGCCGAACUCAAACGAGAGCUCAAUGGAAAGAAAGAAACGGUCAAAGGUUUUACCGUCAAACUGAGGGACACAAUCUUAUUCCCUGAAGGAGGCGGACAGCCCGACGAUCAUGGGCUGAUCGCCGACAUCCCAGUGUUGAGAGUGACCCGGCAGGGCCAGGAAGCUGCUCACUUUAUCAGCGCGGCUCUGGAGGAGGGUCAGGAGGUGCGAGUCAAGGUGGACUGGGAGAGGAGGUUCGAUCAUAUGCAGCAGCAUUCUGGUCAACAUUUGAUCACAGCUCUGGCAGAGUCAAUGUUUGGAUAUAAAACCACCUCAUGGGAACUGGGGCGGCAGAGAAGUACAAUAGAAUUGGACACGCCGUCUGUGAAACCCGACCAGGUGCAGGCUCUUGAGGAAGCUGUCAACGAGAAGAUCCGGGCUCACGUCCCCGUCAGCGUGCAGCUGCUGGCCAUAGAUGACCCGGCGCUGGAGAAGGUACGGAGUCGCGGACUGCCAGAUGAUCAUGCUGGUCCCAUUCGGAUCAUUGAUAUUGAAGGUGUCGAUGCCAAUAUGUGUUGUGGAACUCACGUGUCCAACCUCAGUCACCUACAGGUGAUAAAAAUCCUUGGAACAGAGAAAGGAAAGAAAAACAAAACCAACCUGAUUUUCUUGGCCGGAAACAGGGUUCUGAAGUAUGCAGAGAAAAGCUACAGCACAGAGCGCUCUCUAGUGUCUCUUUUAAAAACUGGACCGGAUGAGCACAUUGAGGCGGUUGAUAAGACCCUGAAAUCUUUGAAGCUACUACAGAAAACAAACCUGAGUCUUCUCCGAGACAUGGCCGUUCUCAUCGCUCAGAACUUUAAGAACGAUCCACAGAGGGGGAACUUCUUCACCCUUCACAAGAAAGAGGGAGAUAAUGAGUUUAUGAAUAUCAUCGCCAAUGAAAUAAAUACUGAGGAAACGUUAGUGUUUUUAACGGUCGGCGAAGAAAAGGGACCUGGUUUGUUUCUGCUGGCGGGACCUAGUGAACAAGUGACAGAGUUAGGACCCCGGGUGUUGGAGCUGCUUCAGGGAAAGGGAGCUGGAAAAAAUGGUCGCUUUCAAGGCAAAGCCAACACUCUGACUCGGAGGGGAGAACUGGAACUUUUACUGCAGCAACGUUGCAAACAAUGCAACUCACAGGAGGAAUGAACACCAACUGCUUUUCAAAGACUGAAUAUGACUGAAAUAAUGAAAACCAUUUCUGGGGAAAAUGAUUUCACCUAAUGUGGUCAAAUACAUAAAUCUAGAUUUGUAGUGACUCAUUUUGAUGCAACCAUUUAUGGUGGAACUUGAUAUUUGAAAUGGAAAUACAAUUAUUUGAGAAACAAUGAAAAUUAAAUGUAAAAAUAAUAGAACAAACAAUGCAUCUCACUCCAAAUGUAGAAGAUACACCAGUGCAUUCUUAAUGAAAUUAAACAUAACAGUAACAUAGGUGCAAUCUCCACUCUGGACCGAGAUCGCGUUGCAGGAACCAACGUUGUGUUGAUUCUGUACCCGUUAGCUGGUGUCUGACUCUACAGACCUCAGCUGAAGCUGCUGGAAACGCCAACAAACAAUUUAACAGUAGGCAACUCAAUUCCACAAUGACACUUCCUGUGAGAGCUCACUCCAGUGUGAAUAGAAUGGGCACGCCUCAAUGAGGAGAGGUGCAUGCAAGCAGCCAGUCUGUGUUGGAGUCAUGGCCGAUAUACUUCCACCUUUGUUGUGAUCGAUUGAUUGCUCUGCCGCUGUGUAACUAUUUCCACCCUUCCGUCCCCAAGUUCAGCUCUGAACAUGGAUUCGAUUUAACACUGUGUGAUGACUUCCAAGGAGAUUAGUCUGAACACACACUGCAUCUACAAUUAUAGAGGCACUCCUACCAGUCACACUACAAGUGUCUCAAUGCACUGCAUGCGUUUAAGGGUUUAAAUAAAAUGUAUAUCCAGGAUUGUAAAUGGUCAGUAGAUGUUUAUCAAAAGUAUCACUGUCGUCAUUACUUGUACAAGUCAUACUUGUUUAUUUUCAUACACAAUCAUCAGCACAUUUUCUUUUUCAAACAGGUAUAAGGCUGUGUGUCAACACCACACAAUCCAAUCAGAUCUCUAGCGUGUGUAAAGUGUGGUGAAGCAAUCGAAGAAUGGAAGCAAUCUAUAUUUUGAAUUCAUCAGUGUCAAAAUCCAGUGCAGUUCAGAGGAAGACUGUCACCAAAACAGAUUUCCUAAAAGCUACAUAGUGUGUGUUUUGUCAUAUUAUGGUGUGACUGUGACAAAUGUGUUGGCAGUAGAUGUGAAAUCCUGGCAUUGAAAUGUUUUUGUUCUGCUUUGAAGUUACUUCAGAGGCUUGACGAUCUUCAUUGAGAUGUAGUUCUGAAAAACAGGAGUAUCAGGGUUAUGUUCACCAUCUGAGUCACUGCUGGACUAGCUGUGCGCAGGCGCUCACCGGUAGAGAAUACAACAGAAUUGCGAGGAAGAGGAUGACGAUGGUGAGGAUGAUGAUGCAGAUGAAGACACACCGGAAGCGACGCCACACAAUGAACUUCAUCGUCUUGCAGGGGUUGGUGAACCAGAAGAAGGAGGUCUCUGGCCGUCUGUUUGA